GCGCUCCCGGGACUCCUGGGUCCCGAGCUCCCGGCUACGCAGCAGCUCUGCUGCCGCGCGACCCUCCCCUCCCCUCCCGCGCAGAGCUUCCCUCGCUCCGCGGUCGCCCGGCCCCUACGGGGUUAACCACGGCCGGCCUGGCCUCGCCUCGCCUGCCCCUCACAAACAUGGCUGCCGGCCCGGCCUGGCCUCGCCUGCCCCUCACAAACAUGGCUGCCGGCCCGGCCUCGCCUCGCCUGCCCCUCACAAACAUGGCUGCCGGCCCGGCCUCGCCUCGCCUGCCCCUCACAAACAUGGCUGCCGGCCCGGCCUCGCCUCGCCUGCCCCUCACAAACAUGGCUGCCGGCCCGGCCUGGCCUCGCCUGCUCCUCACAAACAUGGCUGCCGGCCUGGCUGCCCCUGCCCCUCACAAACAUGGCUGCCGGCCUGGCUGCCCCUGCCCCUCACAAACAUGGCUGCCGGCCGGGGCGGGGCCAGCGCAGGGCGGCCGGGAGCUGGGAGGUGCCAGAUUCCGGCGGCUGCAGGAUGUGGGGGGCGCUGGGGGCCCUGCCCGACCUGCUGCUCCGGGGCUGGGGGGAGCCGCUGCGGGUGCUGCUGGCGGCCAGCGCCGCCUUCCUCUGCUACUACUGGGUGCGCGUCCCGCAGGUCCGUCCGUCCGUGAGUUGCUCCACACAGCGGAUGGAGGGCAGCUGCUGCUGGACUGGGCGGACAAUGCAGAGAGCCAGCGGUACCCGGAGCCUGGCACACGCCCCACCAUCCUGCUGCUGCCAGGCCUCACCAGCAACAGCCAGGCCACCUACAUCCUGCACCUGGUGCAGCAGGCCUCCCGCGCGGGGUACAGGACUGUCGUGUUCAAUAACAGAGGGUGCAAGGGGGAGGAUCUGCUGACCCCCAGAGCCUUCUGCGCAAGCAACACGGAGGACCUGCAGACCGUGGUCGCCCACAUCAAGGCCCAGCACCCGCGGGCACCACUCCUGGCUGUGGGUGUCUCGCUAGGCGGGAUCCUGGUGCUGAAGUACCUGGCGCAGCGGGGGCACGACACGGGGCUGGUGGCGGCCCUGACCUUGUCCGUCCCCUGGGACACCAUGGAGUCCAGCCGCUCGCUGGAGGAGCCGCUCAACGGCCUGCUGUUCAACCGGCGCCUCACAGCCAACCUGCUGCACCUCGUCAGCCGGCACAGGAAGGUGAUUGCAGAGAAGGUGGAUGUGGAUCACAUAUUGAAGGCACGCAGCAUCCGGGAGUUUGACGAGCGCUACACGGCCGUGGUGUUCGGCUAUGGGACGUGUGCCGAGUACUACCGGGCCGCCAGCCCCUCGCACUCGGUGCAUGCCGUGCGCCUGCCCGUGCUCUGCCUCAACGCGGCCGACGACCCCUUCUCGCCGCUGCAGGCCAUCCCCCUGGCCGCGGUGCGGCGCCUCCCCACGGUGGCGGUGCUGGUGACGGUGCAUGGCGGGCACAUCGGCUUCCUGGAGGGGCUCUUCCCACGGCACGAGAGCUACAUGGACCGUGUCUUCGCCCAGUUCGUCACGGCCGCCUUCGAGCACAGCCAGGAGCUGAGCCGCAGCCUGAGGGCAGGGGACGGGGCCAGCUGCGUGAGGCCCCAGCACUGACGCGGGCGGGCCCCAGAGCAGGCUGCACCCCCCAUGCUGCCAGCCCCCCAAUAAACCUCCUGCCUGGA